UAAUUUGAGAUUUGAUCGAUUGUCAUGAACUGGUUGACUUUCUGGAACUGUAUAUCGAUUCUCUUGCUGCCUUUUGCUUUCUUCUUCUACUGUUACACAUACCCAUCUUCUCCUUCUCCUUCUCCUUCGCUCAUGGCUGAAGAAACAUCCAAAUCCAUUUACGAUUUUACCGUCAAGGACAUCCGUGGAAAUGAUGCGAGUCUCAGUGACUACAGGGGGAAGGUUCUGCUGAUUGUGAAUGUUGCCUCCCAAUGUGGUUUGACUCAAUCAAAUUACAAAGAAUUGAAUAUAUUGUACGAGAAAUAUAAGAAUCAAGGGCUUGAAAUCUUAGCAUUUCCAUGCAACCAGUUUGCUGGACAGGAACCAGGAACCAAUGAAGAAAUUCAGAAUGUUGUAUGUACAAGAUUCAAAGCUGAAUUUCCUGUCUUUGAUAAGGUUGAAGUCAAUGGGAAGAAUGCAGCACCACUUUACAAGUUUUUGAAGGACCAGAAAGGGGGAAUAUUUGGAGAUGGUAUCAAGUGGAACUUCACAAAGUUCUUAAUUAACAAAGAAGGGCAGGUUGUGGACAGAUAUGCACCUACCACCUCACCUCUGAAAAUUGAGAAAGACAUCGAGAAGCUCUUACAAUCUUGAGUACUAGGAUUUGAUUCUAUGGAAUACCUAAUGUUGCAGAGGAUGUAGGCAAUCUGUCUGGUGCUUUUAAAGGACUAGUAGCAAUAUGUAUAUCCCCAGUUAAUUUAUGAACUGGAAUAUUCUCAAUACAUCUUCUGUAUUUGGAUUGUGCAAUAAGUAUAAUUUGGUGUUCUGAGUCUCUUACUUUUUAAUAAAAUAAUGUAUGUUAUUCUGUGAU